UAUCGUCUCGCCCGUGAGAAUAUAACUGACCCAGUUUCCGAAGACAUCAUGGACAGUUUUCCUUACGAGGACAACUUGUCCGAUAACUCCUCAUUUGAGGUGUUCGGUGACGAGAACAAGAGCUAUGCAAAUGUGACAGGAAUCGAUGUUCUGCGGCUUCACGAGUCUCUUAAGAAGCGCAACAACAAGAAGCCUCCCUCUUGUACCAUCAACUUGACAAACCUUGGUCAUCCACAGUCGGCUAGUAUCGUCACCGAUCUGAGGGGAGAGCUUUGCAAGCUCAAACCCUUCAAGAUACAGAGCUCGUCGGGCUGUCAGUCGGUUCUUGGUGAGCAGGACAUGAACGUGUUGGCUACCACGUCACAGGAGAGAGACAACCGCUCUCGGUCGGCGAUGACCUUCUCAGCUGAUCCCAUUGACACUACGCAUUGUCACGACAACCCAUACAGCGGCAUGACCUCUGAGACUACCGUAAAUGCCAGCGCAGAAAAAGGACAGGACCACACUAUGGCAAUGCCGUUGGAUGGGAGCUGUAUCGCAAAGCGCAAGGAUCCUGUCAAGGCCCAGAAGUUCCAGAAGCUCGUUGAACGCCUUGUCGUCCAAGAUGCCAAAGAUGAAGAUGAUACUGGUGCAGACGGUAGUGACGCCCAUUUUCAGCAACUGGAUUUGGAUCUCGCAGGGUCACUGAACAACGGCAGCCAUACGAGCACCUAUCCGGAUGUCGCAAACCACCAUGCCAAUAGCGGAGUGUUUCACCAUAAGGAUUCGUCCGUCAGCGAGUGCUCGAACAUGGGCGCUACCCCGAACCCCAGCCAUGGCGGCUCCGAGGUUACGGCCGGCUCUAGUGUCAGCAAUUACAAUAUCAACAAUGGUGACUUCUCGGCGGAUACGGUCGAUGAUAGGGGUAACUGGAACUUCUCGAACCAUGACGGCGCCCAGAUGCAAUCGGACAAGCACAAGUUGAACAGCUUUUUUAAUCCCAAUGCCAACAAUUUUCAUCCCGCCCCGAAUGGCUUCAACCCAAAUGCUGCCUCGUUCGCCCCUAACAGUGCCAUCCCAAUGUCAGAUGCAGCUGCACAGGCCGUCGAGCAGCAGAAGAAGCAUCAGCUACAGCUGGAGUUGCAGCAGCAACAGCAGCAGCAACAGGCCCAGGCGGUAUCUCAGCUGGCACACCUUGCCCCCCAAGAGCAUCACGCAGCCACAAUCAACAUCGGUCACAAUGACUGGCUCAACCCUCACCGUCAUCAGCAGCGCCGACAGCCUCUUAGCAACAUCUUCCCCGAUACUAUGCCACCUCAUACUGCUGCUCCGGUUCCAGAUGUUGGCCAAGAUCUACUCAAUUCACUUGCUGCGCAGCACAUUGCCUUCCUGACUCAGCAGAACGCAAUUAUGGCAGCAACUAUUAGCCAGCAGAGCUCUGCCGCAUCGCUUGGAGCUCACAGCACUUUUGCUGGAAUCUCACCCUUUGGUCUCGCAGACCCUAUUAUUGCUCCCUUCAGUCAUCAGCUCCCCGGACCUCACAUACCCCCUUUUGGAGGCGUUGGUAGCAUGAACAAUGGAAUGCACACAGUCCCUCGCUUCCCUUCCCCGUUCCCCGGCCCGACGUUUGCUGGCCAUCAUGGCCAAGCCAGCCAGCAACAGAUCCAGACGCCCCGUCACUAUUAUGGAGCUCAUCCUGGUGGUUACGCCGGCGCCCUUGCCCCGCCGCCGACUGUGGGAAUGCAGCAAAGCAUGAACAAUACACAGCAUCCCGGAUACGUCCCGGUUCAGCAGCGCUCUCUUGUCUCGCUCGCUGGUGCACCGCCCCCGUCGCAGGUGCAUGCCCUGAGCUUGCCUCUGGCCAACCAGCAUCUGCUUAGAUUUGAUGCCGACGGCAAUCUCAUCGACGUCCCCAAGCCACGCGACCACAGCGACCCUCAGUUGCAAAUGGCGUACGAGGCAGCGAUCGAAUGGAAGAAGGCCAACCUGCCUGGCUAUGCGCAAUCGUGCCGAGAGCGACAGAACAACCGUAUCGCAAACAAGCUCCAGGGUGGACGUCAGAAUCAGGGCACACACAGGAAUGUGUACGCCUAG